UGAACACAUUGUCACAUCAUCAUAGCUUCACCGUCUGUCGCUGUCUUCUCAAAUUAGUAAACUAUGCAUGAUAUGAAUGAAGGAAAAUUCACGAUGCGGAUUAACAAUGUGAGACGAAACAUUCCUACUACAACUACACAGUAGUGCUUGCUAUGGAUGGAGUUUCCUAAACAGAAACAAUAUGCUUGGUUCCCUUUUUUGGAUAAAAGCUUUCGGGCCGUCGCUGCUUGAUCUGUUUUUCAUUUUAUUCAACUGCAUCAGCACUGCAGGUGUAAAGGUUAUUGGUCACGAUACAGCAGUCAUAUAUGGAGAAAACGCCUUUUUGUUCUCUCAGCUGACUGAGUCUAAAGACGAUCUUACUCGUAUCAUAUGGCAAAAAAAGACAAGAGAAGAACGUGUAGAGAAGACCUUCUUUAAUAUUUGGCCCGAUGGCAAAACAGAACAUGUAAAUGGUUUAGGGCACAGGGUAAAAUUCAUUGGGAACACCGCAGAGAAAAAUGGAUCUAUUCAGCUGCAGGAAAUGAGGCUCCUGGAUGAAGGGAUAUACACAUGCAUCUACAUCCUUUAUCCUAGUGGGACAUUUGAGACAAACAUCAAUGUUACAGUUCUUGUCCCUCCUGUAGUUAAUAUAAAAAAGGAGGCACCUGUUGCUGGUAAAUUAGAGGUUACAUUAGCAUCAUGCUUCGCCUCUAAUGCACGACCUGCUGCAGAAGUAUUCUGGAGAUUUGGAGCUCUGAAUAUCUCAGGACUGAGGACUGAAACCAGUCAUACAGUUCACCCAAAUGGAACAGUUACUGUUGUGUCCAUCCUACUUGGUGUACCAGUCAAACAUCUGAAUGAGAGGAAGGUCCAAUGUGUUGUAAAACACAACAGCCUGACAGAGGAAUUUGACUCCACAUUAAACAUCCAUUAUCCCCCAGAAUCAGUGAUGAUAGUUCCUGAUUCCAGUUUAACAGGAGGCAAAGAUUUUCUCUGUAAAGUUGAGGGUAACCCAAUCCCAACCUACAUCUGGACUAGCAAAGAGAAUAAAAGUUCUCCAAAUUAUGAAGACAGCAAACUUCUAGUUCCCAAACUGUCCUCUGACUUUAAUGGCUUGUACAUCUGUAAAGCUUCAAACAAGUAUGGAAGUUCAUCAGGAUCCCUGUAUUUGCAUGUGCAUACUGAAUCCAGCACUUGUUCUGCCUGUUGGGUUCUGUUUGGUGUUGCUCUCUUUAUCACUGCUGUUCUUGGCAUUGUUGUGCACAUAUGGAGAAAGGGGCUCUGGAAUAGAAUUCAGGAUAGGUUUCAAGAUUUGUUUCCAGAUAGGAUUCAAGUACCUACAGAUUCCCCGAAUCCAAGAGAAGCACAGAGUGAAGAACUCCAAGAAAUACAAGAUGAGGUCAGGCGAUGAUCAGAUUCUGCUGAUGCCCAGGUACCCUCCAUAAACAUCAGUGGUAUCACUGGUGUGAUUUGUCAGUGAGAGUGAGGUUUGGCUGAUAUUCAUGGCCCAUUUAGUCAUUGCUACUAGAUGUCAUAAGGAGACCAUCUGGAACCAAAAGCCUCUUUCUAUUGACUGCUCUUCCAAAGUAGAUGUUUUAACUUUUUUUUUGCAAGCAUUUCAUUAUAUUUGGGGAGAUAUUUUUCCACUGGCUGAUUUUUUUAUUUUAUUUUAUUUUUUUUUACAUUUAUUAUGAUUUAUUUUUAAAUUGUUUUAUUAUUAUUAUUCUUAAAAGUGUUUAAUUUCUCUUUGGUACUUGUUAGUUGAGGGCUUGGGACUGUGCACAUUCUUGUGGUGUCAUCCAGUUGUCUCUGCCACUUCCAGUUAGUAUGGGAGUUAGUUGAGUUUCUGUAAUUUUGUUUGCACUCUUCUUUUUCUUUGCGUUGUUCAGACAGGCAGUAAAAAUCCAUAUGUGGUUUAAAAUCCAACUUAAAGUGAUGUUUUUGUAAUGCAAUGAAUAGUCUGUAGUUUUUAUUAUUUAUUUAUUUAUGUAUUAUUAUACUGGGCAUGAGGUAUAUGUAACAUCAUAUAAAGUGUUUGGCACAUGAGCAGAGGUAAAGUGUCCAGUUCUCUUUCAAAUCGGUCUCUUUGACGCUGGGUCAGUAGCUGACGCUAUGAGAACUCCACCCAUGAGUAGCAAUCACUGAUGACCAUAAAGAAUCACAAUUAUUUAUUCCUUAUUCCACAAUUAUUUACCAGAUGACACUUAAGCUCCACCCCAUAUGUGCGUAGCUUGACAACUCUGUCUAACCAGAGCCCAGCACCAUUUUAUUCAGAUUAUCUGUUUCCAGGGUUGCGAUUACAUCUUGUUAUUCUGCAAACAGACUCAACUUUGCUUUGUGUUCUCUGCAUGUUAUCAGGGGGUCAGAGAGAAUAUUAUAUAUAUAUACUGUAUAUAUAUUCCCAAAGCAUCAGUUACUGACACAGUAUCUCGUUCCCUUACUCUCAUUUCCAGGAGUUUUCUGUCUUAUAUUUCCACACUAAUCGCUACUCUCUGCUGUUGUUUUAGAGAAUCUUUUGGCAGCUAAAGCAAACAAUCUAAAUACAUUUCAUAUUGACUACACUAUCUAAACAGUUGAUCAGAUUUCAUUAGUUACAGCUGUGGUUUUGCUUGUUGGUUUUGAUAUUUUGCAUUUGUUAAUGUAAAAGUUAACUGCUUCUUAAAGUGCUUGGACAGGAAAAGGGGGAUGUCCACAACCUUACGGGCUAUAUUAUUCCUCUCUAACCCAUAACGUGAUCCAACAAAGGCUCUCAUAAGGUCAUAUUACACUAAAAUCCUGGGAAAGUACCUUCUGAAAAAGCUCCCUUUGUGUGUGUUGUCUGUAAAAAGAUCAUGUUAAGAUUGCAAAACCAUGCAUAAGAAACAUCCUGUUUUUUCUAUAAUUCCUAAUUUCCUAUCAUUUUAAUUUUAAUAAUUUUCUGUUUAAAAGCAAUAUGUACAGCUUCACUUCUGGUCUGUUCAGAGUUAUUCAUUAGCCUGAUAUCAUACAGUGUGUCAACAUCUUUCAGUUGGAUUACAAAGAGGGAGUGGGUGCAUGACAUGUUUAUCUGUUAACCGUCAGGGAGGGGAAACCGUUGGCAUUAGUUCUCUUUUCUAUCUCUCUCUCUCUCUCUUUCUUUACUAUUUUGAAAGAACACAGCUUUUUCAGAGCCAGAAAUAUUUUCUUGCUGUUUUUAGUUCAAUUUGAUUCACACAGUUUGUUAAUGGUUAUAUUUAGCUUUUAUUUUUAGCUAAAGUGUGUCAUUUCUGCCCAACUGGCACAGUUUUUGAGGACAUCAACCUUCGAAUGGCUCACUUAAUAGCUGAGCUGGGAUUGGACUGCUUCAGCUUUAAUUAUAAACAGUGACCCCAAAAAGUAUUUGGAAAGCACAUUUAAAAAUGGUAUUUAUUUACAAAAAUUUAUAACUUUUUUAAGGAACUAAAUUUGCUAUUUUUGUAUUUAAAGGCUAGGUCACAUUUACCUUUGAUAGUUAUCGCAUUAAUAAUGAACAUGUUCCACUAACGUUUCAUAACAUGAAGUGCAGAAAUUCAAGAAGAUACAUAGAUUAAUGUACCAGUCAAUAGUCGUUCUUAUGUUCUGUGUCACUUUUUCUAAAAACAGCGCAACUUCACCUUGUGGGGUUGCGAGAUUGGUGCUAUAAAGACUUUGGAAAAAAUGGUACUAUAAAAACUUAUACAUUUUCUUUAAUGUCAAAUGUGUGUGCGUAUAGUUUUUCUCAUUUCCUUAGAAGGAAAUCUAACCAGCAUAUGUAUAAUUAAGAUACUAAAGGCACGAUCUGUCUUGGGUGCCAUGCGAGGGUCAGACAUGUGAACGGCGAGCUCUGCGCACUUUGCUAGUUUUUAAUACUUGUGUCAUAAACUGGUGAGAUUCUAUACACCCUGUUCCAUAACUGUUCUAUGAGGACAAUAUGUCAAAGAAUUCAAAAUCCUCAGGCUCUGGAGACAUUGAAGGACACUUACGUGCUCAAGCUGAUACCCCUGACAAGACCGCAGACCGGGGACUUGAUUUGGAUGGUGCGGUGGGAGAGAUUCAGCAUCAACUGUCGAGCAUGUCAGCAAUGCUUGGCGAAGGUUUUUGCUGACUUGGAGGAUCUUGCUUUAAUACGUCCAUUGAUCACUGCCAUGGAGACAAAAUUCUGGAGUUUGUUUUAUAGAUUUUCUUCCAUUAUGUAAUUCUGUCUCACAACAUUUGCAUAGAGUCACCGGACUUGAGCAAUCUGAUGGCAAAGUUAUCACAGGGACUCUCGUAGGCUUACAUGGACUGUUUGAGUUUAGAGCGAUGGACGCCAGUUGGCCCUGUCAUGCAAAGGGUUAACGCGCACAUUUUUCUUUUUUCUGUUUGUUGGGGGGGAGUUCGGGGUUGGACUGUUGCACUAAUGUUGGAGUGUGGUCUUUAUAAUUUUAUUUUUGACACAAUCUAUUUUUUCUAAUAUGUCAAAAUGUCAAAUUCAUCUGUGUAGUUAAAAAAUGAGUUUUAACGACUUCAUGACAUAACCUAAGUGUAUGUAAACUUGUGACUUCAACUGUAGUUUAAAUGUUACCUUUGUUCUUUUUAACAUAUCUUUAUGGCAAACCGGCUGUUUGUUUUUCAUUGUCAAUGUCUUAGUCUUAGCAAUGUAAUUAUAAAGAGUGAGCAAUACUCUACGCUGUACUACCUGAAGAUUUUUGGGCUUUAAAGCUUUAAGCUUUUUAAGCUUUAAAGUGAGGCAAUAUCUACUGCCAUUGCAUAGAAAUCAGUGAUUGAAACAUUCUUUCAUUCGUUUUUCAUAAAAAAAAAAUCACAUGGGUUGGACCGACAUGAGGGUGAGUAAAUAAUGAUAUAUUUUAAAUUUUUGGGUGAAUUAUUCUUUUAUGUUUAAGACUACACAAACAACAUUACCCAUUGCUAAAAGUCCUAGAUUUUUUCUGCUUACACUUGGUAUUUUCUGAAGUACUACUAAAAAUUUAGAAUUUAAAUAAUUUUACAUUGGCACCUUCAGUUUAGAGCUCAUGUGUGAACACAACCCUUUUGAAAAUACAGGUAAAUUUUGCUCUGGAAAUUUUCCUUAAUGCGAAGUUGUAUUAUUUCCUAUAAAUUUCCUUAUUGAUGGUAUGUGCGAACAGCACAUUUGGUACAUUUACCAGUAAAGACAACCCAACGAUUUUCCUGUAAUUUACCUGGUUGCAUGUGUUUCAGGCUGGACAGGUUGUUCAAACAAACAGAGCAGUGUUUUGAUAGCACCAGAGUUAACACUCUUAGGUGAAAUCCACAUAUGAAUGGCUUAAUUACAGUUAAGCAUGCAUAUUAAGUUGGGCAAGAAUGUUCACAUAAAAAAUAGUAAUACAUCACCUUUAAAAUGAGUGAAAUCAAACUUGUAAAAUGGAAUUAUUGAAUAAACAUUAAAAGAA